ACUGGUAAAGUACAGUGGUCAGGAAAGGGGCUUUAGAAGGGGAAGGAGAGAGGAGGACAGGACGGACAAGAAGAGAAAUAAGGGGAAAGAGUCUUGGUGCAGCCUAGGGUAGAAGACUUUCCCUCGGAAUGAACUAAAGAUAGACAGCAAAGGUUAUUUUCUUUCCAAGGAGAGCGGUGAAGGCAAAGACUUGAACCAGACAAUCCAGUUUAUGUGCUUAGCUGAGAAUGAGGAAAGGGGAAGAAGAAGUCAAGGCAAAUGGAAGAUGGGAACUAAAUGGGAAGUGGGAGCUAAACGGGAAGGGGGAGCUAAAAGAGACACAGAGAAUAAACGGUCAAUAUCAAGGAACUAGAAAACAGGAAUCUGGCAGCCGACGUGAAGGAAACGGCAGACCACUGUCCAACGGUGUUCCCGUGGCAAAUGGCAAGCCCGUGGCUAAUGGGACAGAGACACGGCAAGCGGCAAAUGGGAGACAAGAAGCGAAUGGUAAGCCUCUCUCAAAGUUCAGCUGGCAGGAGGUCCAGAAGCACAACACGCCAACGGACCGGUGGCUGGUGAUAAAUCGGAAGGUCUACGACAUCACCAGCUGGGCGGAGAGACAUCCAGGCGGCAACCGUGUUAUCAGCCAUUACGCUGGGGAAGACGCCACGGAUGUUUUCUGGGCCAUGCACAUUGACCAAAAUCUUGUGCAGAAGUACCUUAAGCCGCUGCUGAUUGGACAGCUGUCUCCAGAAGAACCCAGCUUUGAAAAACACAAGAACGCCCAGUUGGUAGAAGACUUUCGGGCCUUGAGAAAAACAGCAGAGGACAUGAAAUUAUUUGAUGCCCAUCCCUUAUUCUUCUCUCUUCACCUGAGCCAGAUCCUGCUUUUGGAAGCUUUGGCUUGGUUAAUAGUGUUAAUCUAUGGCAACGGUUGGAUUCACACUUUGCUCAUUUCGUUUAUUCUCACCAUCUCCCAGGCUCAAAGUUCAUUUUUGCAGCACGAUAUUGGACAUCUCUCUAUAUUUAAGAAAUCCGGGUGGAAUCACCUCUUCCAUAAAUUCGUGAUGGGCCAUCUGAAAGGUAUGUCACCAAACUGGUGGAAUCAUCGUCAUUUCCAACAUCACGCAAAGCCAAACAUCUACCCCAAAGAUCCAGAUAUCGACAUGGGACCCCUUUUUUUGCUUGGAGAAGCCCAACCAAUCAAGUACGGCAAGAAAAAAAUCAAGUAUAUAGACUAUGAGAAACAGCACCUCUAUUUUUAUCUGGUUGGGCUACCCUUACUCAUGCCUGGAUAUUUCAACAUACAAUCCAUGCAAGUCAUGUACCUGCGCAAGGACUGGGUGGACAUCGUCUGGGCCAUCAGUUUUUACAUCCGUUAUUUCAUCACUUUCAGCCCAUACUAUGGAAUUAUCGGCACCAUCCUGCUCAUCUUUUUUGUCAAGCUGUUGGAGAGUCCGUGGAUUGCAUACGUCACUCAGAUGAGCCACAUCCCGAUGAAAAUGAGUUACGAGACCAACCAAGACUGGCUUAGCACUCAGGUAAUAGCCACCUGUAAUAUCCAGCAGUCUUUCUUCAAUGACUGGUUCACUGGACAUCUGAACUUCCAAAUCGAGCAUCACCUAUUUCCCACAAUGCCCCGUCACAAUUACCACAAGAUUGCACCUCUGGUGAAGUCACUAUGCAGCAAGUAUGGAUUCUCCUAUGUGAAUAAACCCUUAUUAACAGCAUUCGCAGACAUUGCCAGGUCCUUCAAGAAAUCUGGAUAUCUCUGGGCACAGGCCUACUAUCAAACAUGAAAUCGGCAAUUGGAAAUUCCAGAUAUGCGUUCGGAUUGAAGAAAUGGGAUGGGUGAUGGGGAAAGGGUUUUAAUUACUGUAUUGUCAUUUAACUUGGUACAGUGAAAACAGCACAGAUCAAGGAAGAGAGGUAGGCCCAGCCCUGAAGGACUGGGCCACUAGAUGAAACCAGCAGAGGAAUGAUGAAUGACUUGGGCCAGUUCUCAGUUUACUCCUGGACUGCCAGACCCACUGUUCUGAACUUCUUCCCCAGAUCAGACCCCAAUUCCUCAUGCUAAAGGAGCUUCUAGAAACAAAAACCUGAUGAAAGUGCUUCAUGGAAAAUGUGAACUCUGAAGAGGAAGAGACUUGGUGGCUAGGCAUAUGGGCAUAGAGCGUUACUGUUACUGUCCUCAUGACGCGCCUGGAUAAAGCAUGGAAAAUUUUCAUCUCUUUCCAUAGGCUAAGCUCCCAUUUCCCAUGGCCCUUAGGGCAACUGAUCAAACGAUUUAAAACAUGUGCUUUGUUGUGAUUUAAGUCAGAAGAAACAACACUUAAGCAGAGGAGAUGUUUUUCUCCUACUCUUUUGGUUUAAAAAAUAGACUCCCUCACCCCGCCCCGUAAUGCACUUCUUCACAAGGACCAAGCAACUUUGUCUAGCUCUUGGGCAGUAAGUGAAGUGAGGGAUGCUGCCCUCGCAUACAUCCCCAGAGUUAGCCAAGAGACACUUUAGCUUUGCCUCGGUGGAAACUAUCUGAACAGAGCCUGAGGAAGAAUUUCUUUUGCCAGUCUUCUGGGAGCCUAUCAGUAUAGAUUUCAGGAGGACACAGGGAAGGUUUUCUAUACCAUGAGGGUGAUGAAAAGCACUGAAAUAAGCUACUGAGGUUACUAAAAGAUGCCAAAGGGCCUCCACCCCUAAGAUCUUUAGGAAAACCUCCUACAUUUCCAAGCUGGAGGCAGGAUAUUGGAGCAAAUGACCUUCCGAUGCCCCUUCUGAUGCUCUGAUCUCUUGAUGCCAUAAAGAUCGGAGGACACUCUGAAAGCU